AUGCCAAAUUUGCAUAAUGGAUUCGGCUAUAAAAGCCACAAGAAUACACUUUUUUUUAUCAUUCUUUCCCUCGUUUUUGGUGCGAAUAAACUUUCUCUCUCUUUGACCGGUCGACUACCCAAACCUUUGCCGAUAUCUUCUCGACUCUCGACUGCCAAAUCCUCUUGCCAUUGUUCACUUGUUAUAUGGGGUGCUUGGCCUGACGUGAACAGGAUCUCGAAGUACGGUAAGACAAGCUACUUUUCCUUUUUUUUCGCGUCACCUUUUGGCCAGGGUGUUCGCCCCUUUGUCUUUAGAAUCCCAGUCCCACUAGAGGCCCCGCUUGCGUAGAACAAGCUGUUAUCGUGACUUUAAUCUUGCCCUUCCCCUUACACAUUUCCAUUUUCCCCGAAGUUAAUCGUUUUUCGUAGUGACCUUCUAGUAUUCCACCUAGACUUCCCUUGAUUCACUGUCCAACUUAACUUCCUCUUCUCUCGUAUAUAUCCCCUCAGCAUAUAUAUCCCCUGUAAAAAAACAUAAAAAAAACUUUUCAGCCACCAUUCCGGAAGUGUGGCUAUUCCGGAAAUGUCCCGACGCGAGCCGAUCGGACCGACCUUGGUGUUGCUGA